UCAUUCAAAAUGCCAUAAGCUGGAAAAACGACAACUUAUCUAUGCAAUAGAAUUUGAUUUGUUUGGCAGAGAUACACAUAAAACAGAAAGAUUGGCAAUGACAACUUUGAGCGUACCUCCAGUAAUACCCUCGCCUAGGGAAGAUGCUAUCAAGUUGCAUAAAGCUUUCAAAGGUCUUGGUUGUGACACGUCUAAAGUUAUCAAAAUCCUUGCUCACAGGAAUGCAGAACAACGCAGCCUCAUUCAACAAGAAUUUGAAACCAACUACUCUGAACUACUUUCCAAACGAUUAUCAAAAGAGCUUCGUGGGCAUGUUAAGAAAGCAGUGUUGCUUUGGUUGCAUGAUCCUGCAACUAGGGAUGCUAAGGUAGUAAGAAAAGCCUUAACUAUCUCAGUUGUUGAUAAUCAAGCUAUAACAGAAAUAAUAUGUUCUCGUACCCCAUCACAAUUAAGGCGAUUGAAAGAAGUUUAUCUGUCAACUUAUCAUUCCUAUCUUGAGCAAGAUAUUGAGAGCAAAACCAGUGGUGAUCACAAGAAGUUGUUGCUGGCAUAUGUAAGUAUACCACGCUAUGAAGGCCUAGAGCUAGAUCAUAUAAUAGUACAGGAGGAUGCAAAACAACUCUAUAAAUCAGGGGAGAAAAGGAUAGGAACUGAUGAGAAGAUGUUCAUAAAAAUUUUUAGUGAAAAAAGCGGCGCACAUUUGGCUGCAGUCAAUUCUACCUACAUAGCUUCAUAUGGACACUCGCUAGAAAAGGCAAUAAAGAAGGAAACAUCUGGCAAUUUUGAGAGUGCCCUCUUAACCAUACUGCGUUGUGCUACUGAUCCUGCUAUGUACUUUGCCAAGAUUCUGCGCAAGUCAAUGAAGGGUGUGGGAACUGAUGAUAGUAGACUAAUAAGGGUAAUUGUGACAAGGACUGAGAUAGACAUGCAAUUUAUAAAAAUAGCAUAUUAUAAGAAAUAUGGAAAACCAUUAACUCAUGCUGUCAAGUCAGACACAUCAGGCCAUUAUAAAGAUUUGCUUCUAAAUCUUUUAGGUUCUGAUUAUUAGUGGAGGACAAUUUAAGUCAUGCACUGCCAUGAUAAGGAUACAAUGUCUCUCUGUCCUUGUGGCAGUUUGAUAACUUCUAAUCAAACCAUCCAAGGAAUUAUGUUAUGAUGUCAGAAAAAUUUACUCAUUGGAG